GAUGACGUCAGGGGGAAAACGGUCGCAGAUGAUGCCAGCCCUGUUUAGGCAAUUCAGACGCCUUUCAAUCAGUCUCUACAGGUCUGUCGGAUGAAGACGAGAGAUGUCACUGAAGCUGCAGGGAGCGUUUCCACCGUAAGCGAAGACAAGACGACACAAAGCAAUAGCCGGGGGCAAUAACUGCACACACUCUCAAAUGGAAGCUCCCCAGUAUAACCAGUCUUAGAUACUGGCAGCUGAGGGUUUGCUGCAAUUUCAUCAAUUUCCUGAAUGACCAGAGGGCAUGUUCCAAACAUAACUUUACCCUCAGUGAUGCUCAGAGACUGGGACGUUCAUCCCGAAAGUCCCAGCGGCCGCCGCAUUUCACUGGAUAUGAAACAUUCAGACGAUGAACGUUGGUUUCAUGUCUCCCAGCGGCGUGAAUCACUAAAAGAUACAUGGAAACGGAUCAGUACCGCAUACCUCCGUCCUGGGACCCCUCCUCUUCUCCUCCUGCUUGCCCUCCCUUACCUCUGCUAUGCCGAUAACACCCAGCUAUUCCUGUCCUCUUCCCCAUCCGACACUCAGACUUCACAGACACUGUUUCUGCAGAGGGGAGACAUGACGGGAGAGGCCUUUGAUCGCCGCCAGCUGAAGGGUGGCUCCAGUGUCUGCAAAACAACACAGAUAUCGUUACACAGUCUCAUUAAGAUAUAUUUCGCCCUGGCAGCACGUGCAACUAUACUUCUUCUGUAUACCAGUGGCAGGACCUCUGCCUUUCAGCGUCAUCUGGUGGCGAACCACAGCAACAGCAGCAAUGUAUUUCAAGAAUCGAGGCCCUUGAGAUCUGAGGUCCCUUGGGCACCAGACUAAUUAUCACACACCUAGUGGCUCUUAGAGGAAACUGCAGCUGAAAACACAUUUCUGACCAUGGGACACAUGUUGCACUGAGCAGCCUGCAACUAAAGACCCACUCAACUUUGGAACUGAAGAAGUGGUGAAAGAAAAGAGAAGAAUCCGAGCUCACAGUCUGUGUCAGUUUUACCUUCAGUUCUCUUCAUCUUGCAAAUCAGACAUGUGGUUGAGUUGGUUCUGUUCCUAUGAAGACAAAAAAAGCAAAACCACACAUUUUGGUUGUUAUUAUAUAAAAAAAUGGCUUUUGUUGCACACAAUUCUUUGCAGGUUAUUGUUGGUUUAAUGUUCUUAUGUAAUUUUCGUAUUAAUAUCAGUUGGCAGUGUGAUUAUCCUCCAUUCAUCAUCUAAUCUUUUCUUCAUCUAUAUUCCUAAAACUUGAUCCCUGCUCAAUGAGACAUCCCUCACAAUUCAGUGAACGGCACAUCAUCAUCAUCAUCAUCAUCAUCAUCAUCAUCAUCAUCAUCAUCCUCUGCGUGCUUUCGGCUGCUGUGGGCGGGUACUCUAGUUCCUCUUAUUAGACUGAGGAGCCUGCAGCUAUCACCAGUCCGGCAGUGAACUCUCCACCUCAGAGACAGACCGGGAGAGACGCACGGCAGACAAGACAGGAGCGGUGCAGCAGGAUCCAGAUGACCCUUUUCUCGUCUCUUGUGGCGCCCUCAGUCAAAACCCAGAUACAAUGCACUGCCAUUUUGGAAGCUGCCAAGUCACAGCCUGCAUUGAUUCCCAAAACUGGGGUUAACUACAAAAGAUCGAAAAGUUGGAAGACUACUAUAAGGAACAAUUAUCUUACACCUUCCCUUUAUGUUUGCUUUAUGUUGUAUAUAUAAAAAUGUGCAGAUAAAGGUAUAUGAUUAUUUUUGUUGCCCGCCUACAAAGCUGAGUAGCACUGACUGGCCACUGUUUGACACCCAGGUCAAAUUUAAAGAGGUAAUCAAGGGCAAAGAUUGCGCAUCAGGAAACAACAGUUCAAAUAGCUCAGAAGUUAACAGAGUUUUGUUUAACAGCCACAAAAGUGUUCAAACAUGGCCAGGGCUGCUACUCUGGAAGUGGCAGACAUCAUUGUUGUAGCAAUCUACUUCAUCCUGGUGCUAGCGAUUGGCUUUCUGGCCAUGUGGAAAGCCAAUCGGAGCACAGUGAGCGGCUACUUCCUCGCAGGUCGCUCCAUGAAUUGGGCGGCCAUAGGAGCCUCUCUAUUUGUCAGCAACAUAGGAAGUGAGCAUUUUAUUGGGCUUGCUGGAUCUGGUGCGGCUAGUGGGUUCAGCGUGGCUGCAUGGGAAUUCAACGCCCUAUUGUUACUCCAGUUGUUAGGCUGGAUGUUUAUCCCUGUCUAUAUUCUGUCUGGAGUUUACACCAUGCCAGAGUAUCUGUCCAGACGGUACGGAGGGAGGCGACUGAAGGUGUAUUUCGCCGCGUUAUCUCUCAUCCUCUACAUCUUCACCAAGUUGUCCGUGGACCUCUAUGCAGGGGCCUUGUUUAUCAAGGAAUCUUUAGGGUGGAACCUCUAUUUGUCAAUCAUCCUGCUCAUCACCAUGACUGCUUUGCUGACAGUCACCGGAGGUCUGGUUGCCGUCAUCUACACCGAUACAGUCCAAGCAUUCCUGAUGAUCGCUGGAGCGCUCUGUCUGACCAUCAUCAGCCUCUUCAAAGUGGGAGGACUUGAAGGGAUGAUGAUCAAGUACAUGCAGGCCACUCCAAACAUCACUGCCAUUUCGCAGUCUUUUCCCAACCUGACGGACCCUGAAUCCUGCCACCUCCACCUCAACCCGAAGCCAGAUGCGCUGAAGAUCCUACGAGGCCCAAGGGAUCCAGACCUGCCUUGGCCUGGUUUUCUGCUGGGCCAGACUCCUGCUUCUAUUUGGUACUGGUGUACUGAUCAAGUAAUUGUCCAGCGAGUUCUGGCAGCCAAGAACAUCGCCCAUGCCAAAGGUUCCACCCUCAUGGCUGGCUUCCUGAAAAUCCUCCCUAUGUUUAUCAUUGUCAUCCCAGGGAUGAUUUCCAGGAUCCUCUUUGCCGAUGAGUUGGCGUGUAUCAGUCCAGAGCACUGCAUGGAAGUGUGCGAGUCCGCGGCCGGCUGUAGCAACGUGGCCUACCCGCGGCUCGUCAUGUCCGUGAUGCCUGUUGGUCUCCGCGGCCUGAUGAUGGCGGUCAUGAUCGCAGCUCUAAUGAGCGACUUGGACUCCAUUUUCAACUCAGCAAGCACCAUAUUCACGCUGGACAUUUACAAGAUGCUACGGAAGCGGGUGUCACCCAGAGAGCUGGUGAUAGUCGGCAGACUGUUUGUGGUUUUUAUGGUGAUCAUCAGCAUUGCCUGGGUGCCAGUAAUCAUUGAGAUGCAGGGAGGCCAGAUGUUCUACUACAUCCAAGAAGUAUCAGAUUAUCUGACGCCACCCAUAGCCGCUCUCUUCUUGCUUGGUGUCCUGUGCCAUCGCUGCAAUGAGACGGGUGCCUUUUGGGGUGGGAUGGUCGGGUUUGCACUCGGAGCACUGCGACUGGUGCUGGCGUUUGUUUACCGUGAACCACACUGCGACCAGCCAGAUGAGCGGCCGUCUUUCAUCAAAGAUGUCCAUUUCAUGUAUGUGGCAGCCAUCUUGUUUUGGGUGUCAGCCUUGGUGACUGUUGUUGUGAGUCUCUGCACUCCUCCCCCGAGAAGAGAACAAAUCAGAACAACUACUCUGUGGGGGUUAAACAAGAGAAAGAGGCUAAAACAGCAAGGAAAAGCUGCAGAAGACACCAAUACUCUUAAGCCUCUUAACCAAGAAACCUUAAAUGGAAACUGUUUGCUUGGUAAAGAAAAGUCUGAAGACCAGCCAAACAAGCUCCAUGGCAUUGAGCCCAAUCAUGAAAAUGCUCAACCAAGCAAUGGUCAUGCUAUCACAGCCACUAACAUGGAAACCCAACAUCCAGCUCAGAACGGUUGCUAUGCACUGAGAACUGAUCCCAAAAUGGUAGAGGAAGGAGAAGGGCGAGGAGUGAGGGAUGGGGAGGAGGAGGAGGAGGGCUACUUUGGAGGAUGGGAAGUGGAGGGUGGGAGGUGUUUGAAGGUUUUAGAGUGGUUCUGUGGUUUCCAUGAGAAACCAUCCAAAGCUCAGGUCAUUACAGUUCAGGAACAGGAGAAGAUUGUGGAUGAGCUUCUCUACGAACCUCCACGAGCCAGAAUCAUCCUGAACACAGGACUGGUGGUGAUUUGCUCUGUAGGGAUCUUUCUCUUUAUCUAUUUCUCCUUAUAGGCUCCAUUAAGCAGCGGGUCAUGUUUUAUCCUACAGUUUUUUUUUUCUCCACUUUUCUUUUUCACAGUAUGGUGAACAGGAAUACUGCUCGUCCGCUUCAGGAGAACAUCAUCAAAUUAUAGCUCUUCUUUUUAUACUGUGGUAUUUUCCAUGUAACCUACACAACAAAAACAUCAUGUUACAUAGAUUAUUUGUUAAAAGAAAUACACAAACUUGGUCCCAUUGGUAACACUUUAGCAUGCCGUAGACCAACUUUACAAAAAGUGACAGUUUCCUAAAGCUGAAGGAUACUACGUCAUUGAAGUUACAGCAUACAGGCCUAUAACUUUAUGACUGCGCAUCCAAAUCCAAAUCGUAACAAGUUACAAGUUCUCAACUAAAUUCUUAACUGAAUUUACAUUUGACUGUGACAUAUAUUCUUUUGUUGUGUACAGAUACAGUAAUAUAUUCUUGAAUUUGUCCCCAUGGGGAUGUUUUCACGAUAUGAAAAUUCAUAGUGAAUGUGAAAUCUGCAGUGACUUUGCCUUAAUUUUCAUUUUACUGGAAAUGUGUAACUUAUCCUAUUAUGUUUUCUUUUUUGGUCUUUUGUAUGUAAACGGACAGUCGUUUUCAACACAUCAGAGAGUAUGAGAGAAUAUCUUGUUAUUAUAGCACAUACACAUGAAGCAUGUUGUAGGCGAUCUGCUCAUGCUCAAAGUGUUCAAAAACAAUACAACAUGUUUUGUAGACCUCAAGCGGUGUCUUCCACUCAUGUAGUUUAAAGUUUUAGAAACGUAAUUGUGAAUGAUGUUAUUAUGUCUAUUUGUAAGAAAUGAUAUUAAGCCUGAUUACAGAUAUGAAGGGGAGCGAUUUGCAUAAAUUACAACCUAUUCUAUGCAGGAGAAACUGAUCAAGUCAAGCCUGUUGUGGAUUUUCUCAGGAAUAAUCUGAGGUGCCGGUUCUAGAUUGUCUUCCUACAUUUUGACACUUCGUACACCAUCUGUUUUGCACAAUAAAAAUAAGGAUGGAACUACCGACA